UCUCUCCUUUCCCCCCACCCUUCCUUACACCGUGCUGCUAUUUUACAGCACGCAAAAUCCUUUUGGAUUUUUGGGCUGACUCAGAGCUACAGACCUUUGCUAUUGAAAGAAGGAGAAAAGGGGAGGGGAAGAGAGCUGUACAGAUUGUUUGUCAGAAACACAAACAGUUGCUUACAGAGAAGAUGAAAAGCAUCGGCUUCCUUUUCUUCUGUAUGCUGAUGAACAUAAGAACAGAUGCCCGAUCAAUCCUGGAAGGAGAUGAUCGAGAACCUGUGGCCAUGCCAUACUGGCCCUUCUCCUCCAGUGACUUCUGGUCCUACGUGGAGUACUUCAGGACACUGGGAGCCUACAACAGGAUUGCUGAGCUGGCCAGGGCCUUGUUUGCACAGCUGCCCGCGGGCAGCCAUCUCGGCCUCCACCUGCCUGCACAGGAGGACUGAGCAGUGCCCACCACCAUGCUGGGACAUCACACCAACACAUGGCUGCUGGUGAGCAGCCCUUCCAGUUGCUUGCAGCCAUGUGAAUGGGCCUGUGUAGUGUUAUAUGCAUUAGAAACCCGCAGGUGAAUUAGCCUCUGCUUUUUGCAAGCCGUGCUUUGUGCCAAAUCAAUAAACUCCUUGAUCAUAUGGUGA